AUGGUUUCACGUGCGGUGUCUAUAUAUAUAGACACACGUAGGAUAUUGGAAUUUGGAACCGGAAACAAUCCCUACUUCUUCACCAUCUACAUAUCAUUCCAAGAAAGGGCAGCAUUUAUAUCUCACAGAAACACAGCCAAACUUGCCAUCAAGUAUGGAGACUCCAACCUUGCCCAAAUCCGUGGAGUCAUUGCCUCGGACGAGAAGCGCCACGAGGCUGCUUACACCAAGAUAGCCUCCAAGCUUUUCAAGCUCGACCCAAACGACAUCGUUUUGGCCUUCGCAAACACCACGAUGAGGAGAACCUCAAUGCCUGCUCACUGUAAGCAUGAUGGAUACGACAACAAUCUCUUUCACCAUUUCUGUAAGGUCACCUCUUGCAUUGGCGUUUACACUGCCACUGACUAUAGAGAGAUUUUGGAACACUUAGAGGACGUUUCGUAUGCAAUAAUCCUGAAAGUGAGAAUGAGAAUCUUAUAA